AUGCUCAUUUUCUGGGAUUUCGCAAUUAUUGAACAUCUUGCAUUUAUUCUCUUCUUCCUUCUUCCCACCCUCAUUUUUGUCUCAUGCGCUCAGAGAGUUUCGUCUACCAGAGAAAGAAGUAGUCGUCGUUGUCGUGACGAUUCGGUGUCGACGUCCCAAAAACAGAAUGGAUCACAAGUGGAAGUUCAGACCGAGAAGGAAAUGGCGGUAAAACGCAGUGAAAUGAGUCAGAAGAGUCGGAGAGGGGAUACAAUGGAUUCAAUUCGAAUCAUGCGUGGCCGAAAACCAAACCGGAAACCACGCGACCCAAAGGAAAUGAAACCAGAACGAUCCGAUUCCCAACACACUGAAAUCAUCAAUGUACCACUUGGAAAAGCGGCAAAAGAACAUUCGUCCCCAUCAAAACUCACCGAAGACGGUCAAAAGAAAGAAGCUGAGCAAGGGAAAACAGUAUCCGGCGGAAAAAGAGUCCAAUUCGCGGAGAAUCUUAUAAAAUCUUCGAAAACUCAAACAGCACCACCGCCCAUGGCAGCAACACCGAUUCCAGAAAAAUCGGAAGUAUCGAAAAAAUCGAAAAAGUCAAUAAAAGAAGUACUUUCCAGGAAGAGUAAGAAGGGAAAAAUGGCUAAAAAGAAAAGAUAA